GUGGGUACUAAACAUCAUGAUUCUGGUACAAUGGAUUGAUAUCAAAAUUGUCAAACAAGUAAGAACCUUACAUAAAUUAUACCAUAAUCGACUUGAAGAUCUGGCAACGUUGCUUUUAUCUGCUCAUUCAUAAUUUAUCCACAUCGUAGGAAAAUAGUAUAUUGGUAGCACUUAUUUAAGUUACUAAACAACUGUCAUUUUGUGUCAAUUGUCAAAGUUUGUUUUGAUAGUGAAUUUCCUUGCUGCUUUUAUUCAUUUUAGAGAGACUAUAAAGGUAUAUUCAAUCGCAAUAAAAUGGUGCAGCAGUGCUAUUUGUGUAAAAUUUAUAAACAUCAGGCUGGAGCGGAAUCUUUAAAAUUUCAUUCCCUUCCCAAGAACCCGGAAAGGAGAAAAAGGUGGCUGUCGGCCCUUGGAUUCGAGGAAAACCAUCAAUUUCCUAAGAGGGUGGAGCUAUGUUCCAAGCAUUUUGGAGAAAAUGCGUUUGUUUAUGGAAGUGAGGGACAAAAGACACUCAAGCGGGAUGCGAUUCCUCUCAUCUCUCAUUCUUUGUUUGAUCCUGCAAAUCAUCUGUAAGUCCAGAGAAGCAAGAAGACUCGGAUUGUAUAUAUAUCUGCCAUUUCAAUCACUUGUGAGGGGACUCCUGCUAAAAAAAGGUUAUUCAUGGAUGAAGAGAUGUAUAACUUUCCUGGCUCAUCAAAUGAAGAGCAAUAUGUCCAUACUUCCUCAACAUUAUCAGCAUCAGAAAGUGAUAGUGCUGCUAAAACUGCUGGAGUACAAGAACAUAUGCUUGAUAAGAAAAAAAGAAAGAGGUGAGAGAAGUUUAUCACUUAUUCUAUAUCCUGUAAUACAUAAUACUGCAACAUACAGAAUGAUUGGUUUACAGUUUAAUAGGUGCAAAAAUUGGUUUUGUAACAGAGGUCUAUCACCUAUCACACAGCAUCCAAGAGAUGAAGAAAAAGAUAAGACUUCUGAAACAGUGAUUACUGAUUCACGUAAGGUGUCAUCUGUGGUUAAACAAAACAGCGACCACAGUGACUGCAACUCGGUAAUAUCUUCUACAUCCCCCAAGAUAUGCUGUACACCCCCAUCAUCAUCAAUAUCCGGUUUAUCAGAAAAUGUUCAUUGCAGUAACUUGUGCAAGGACUCUGAGUACAACGUUACCUCGAAUAACGAGAGCAUAGUGGAAGAUCCAGACCACCAAAGUGAAUCUAGCUCGUUCAUAUCUCUUACUUCGCCUAAUAUAUGCUGCACACCACCAUCAUCUUCUGUAAUUUCUGAUGCAGAAGAUGAAGAUUAUAGUCCCCACACUAGUGAAGAGGCUGAGGAGCGAUGA